CCUGAAGCAGAGAGCCUACAGAGGUCGACGAGGAAGUGUUGCAGAAUGCAGCUGGUUCACCUGUGCACACUGCUGCUCAUCAGCUCAGUGCUGAGUCUCCCAGUGGCAGACAGAGACCUGGACAAAGAGUUUGAAGAAUGGAAGAAGAAGUAUGACAAAGUGUACAGCACACCGGAGGAAGAGGCGGAGCUCAGGGCCAUCUGGGAGGAGACACGUAAAUGGGUGGAGGCCCACAACAAGGAAGCUGAGCAGGGUCUGCACACGUACACGCAGGGCCUGAACCAGUUCAGUGACCUGAAAGAAGAAGAGAUAAGAGGGUGUUUACUUCCCGUGCCUGAGCUCACGCCUAUAGGGCCCAUAAUACCUCUACUGCCUUUGCCCAUUCCAGAUAACAGCACCAACUUGAACAGCCCCACUGUGGUCGAGGAGAAAUGA